GUCUCCCGUGCUUGCUGCUUACGUGCUCACCACGCUGCAGAGGGCAGCGCUGCUGGGGACCUUUGGAUCGCCCUUCACUGUGAAGCCUUGUACCCACAGGGGCUUCCAACUGGAGAAAUUUCUGGAGGGCAUGAAUCAGCUUUUCACAGCUUGUUAAAAAUCUUGAUCCUACCUCUUGUUUUCAUGCCUUUCAAAUCAGGAAAUGAGUUUUACAACUUUUCCAGUGGGGCACAGCUGGUGGCCAGGGUCGUAAAGCUGAACUUUAUAAAUAUCUCUCAUUUGGAUCAGGGGAAGAGCAUUAAAAAGGCAGAGAGAGAGAAAGAGAAAGAGAAGGGAAAGGAGCAAAGGCAAUAGAGAAGCAAAGCAAAAAAGUCCAGCUUAACCAUCCAUGGCCAUGCAAGCACAGAAGAUGAAGUGUGCUUGGGGCAGGCUUUGCCUGCUUCUUUCCCUCCUUCUCCAGUUGCCGGGCUCCCAGGCCAAAUGCUACUUCCAGGCUAAAGCUCCCUGUGAGUACGAAGGGAAACAGUUCUCCCUUGGGGAAUCAUGGCUGAGCACCAACUGCCUGCUCUGCACCUGCCUGCACCCCGUUGGCGUGGGCUGCUGCGAGACCACCCAGCACCCGAUCGACUUUCCUGACUGGUGUGAGGCCCACUACGACUCACAGACCUGCCAGAUCUCGGUAGUGCAGAAGGCUAACCCCAGCCUGCCGUGCGUGAAGAGCGUGGAGCACGAGUGGGGCUCGGCCGGCACCCCCGAGCCGCUGGUGAACAAGGUGCUGGGUGCGGGGCUGAGCAGAUAG